AUGUCACCUUUCCGGAAACCCUCCCUAUCGACUCUCCCAUCGCAUCUCGAGUUGCCCACAACAUGGGCAAAGUUCCGGACGAUCCUCAUGGGAUCGAUGAACUUUUACCGAAUUCAUCUUAUCGCAUUCACGGUGAUCCCUCUCAUUACAUCUGGAAUCAUGUACGCCUGUAAUACCGAAAUCCACAUAUCCUAUAUCGAUUGCCUGUUCUGUUGCAUGUCGGCCAUGACUGUGACGGGACUGGCGAGUGUCAAUCUGAGCACGCUCAGUGUAGUACAGCAGGUGAUCCUGUUUGUACAGAUGAUCAUCGGCAGUCUGACAUUUGUGUCUAUUGUCAUGAUCAUGGUCAGGCAGUAUUUCAUCCGCCAAAGUUUUAAACAUGUGUUGCAAGAACGACAAAACCUGAGGAACCGUCUGAGCAAGACGCUCACCCGGGUUGCCACUGUCGCCCCGCCGCUCUCUGCUCUACGGAAGAAAUUCAGCAGAAAGGAUAAGGACGGCGUCGACAGCCCCAAGGGCCCUCCAAAACGCUCCUCCACCCCUUCCUCAUUCGAACUCAACCCUGUCGCCCCAUCUCCCCGAAAGCCAGAAGAGCACAAGUCCAAAAAGAAGCGCCACGAGAAACUCCGUCCCGACAUGAUCAAACGUGUCGAAGGCGGCGGUGUGGGGUUGGUGAACAAUAUGGGCUGGUACGAUGCACAGCGGGAGAAGCUUGCGACGCCUGCGCCCACGCCGGAACGGAGAGGCUCGCCUGGCUCGCCUUUACCGACUGGGAGCACGAUGCUGAGCGAUAGUGGGAAAGAGUUGACUCAGGCGUUGGAGGCUGCUGUUGAGAGUGGGGCUGUACCAGGGCAUCAGGUGGAGGACAAUGGGGAGGCUGUUUUGACAGAGUCGCCGACGGGAAUGGAGAAUUAUCAACGGCAUGACGGUGAGAGGCGAGAGCGUCUGAGGUCUAUCCUGGAGGCACCGGAUAUCAACGUCCAGACCGUCUCCACCGAUACUACCGAACACUAUUCUGGUGAAGAGGAUCAAUCGCCUUCUCCGCCUCAUUCCCCUGACGCAUUCCCUCGCUCCAAGACUAUUGCUUUUGAAGAUACCAUGGACGACAGCCACGAUUUCCGCGAACGCGCCACCUCCACCCAAAGAGAAUCCUUCUUCCCCCACUCGGCCACCUUUCGAAGCAAUCAAGGACAGUCUACCAAUCAGGACCGCCUACCCUAUUCUGCUACGAUGCAGUCUGGAGCAGGCAACUUCCCCAGGACGUAUUCGCUGAGGCCUACGAAUAGUAACCGUCGGCGGGAUAACCGGCUGCAGGGAUUUGGAGGAUUUCCAACCCCGUUGGACAUCGGAAAGAAGGUCUUCCGAAAGGUAUUCCCCGAGACGUCCAAGAAUCUGUCCAAGAGCUUCACCAUGCCGAGGACGAACACCUACUCUGGAAAAAACACGAUGACUGCGACCGGGACAUCCGAUGGGAAGGAAGUGCCGUAUAUCAGCUUUGCGGCUACUGUCGGGAGGAAUAGUCGAUUCCAGGGGUUGACCAAGGAACAGAUGGAUGAGUUGGGUGGAGUGGAGUAUCGAGCUCUGCGUGUGUUGUUGCAUAUCGUCGUUGGAUAUUUCAUCUUUGUGCAGAUUGCGGCUUUUAUCAUCAUGGCACCCUAUAUUGCCGCCGGGGGACGGUACCAACAUGUUUUUGAUGACCAGCCGAGACAAGUCAAGGUUUACUGGUUCGCCCUGUUCCAGUCGGUCUCGGCGUUCACCAAUACGGGUAUGAGUCUGUGUGAUUUGAGUAUGGUGCCCUUCCAGAGAGCGUAUUUGAUGAUUGUUGUCUUGAUCAUCCUAAUCUUCGCUGGUAAUACUGCUUUUGUGAUCUUCGUUGUACAGUGUGAAUGGACCUUAUACAAGCUGGUCCCCGUCACAUCUCGGAUACACGAGUCUCUCAAGUUCUUGCUGGACCAUCCUCGACGAUGCUUUGUCUACCUGUUUCCUGCUACCCAGACUUGGGUCCUUGCCCUAGUCAUGUUGGGUCUCACCCUUAUUGAUUGGGUCAGUUUUCUAGUUCUGGAUUUGGGCACCGAGGCAAUCAUGUCUUUACCAGUCGGAACACGUAUCGCUGCUGGGUUCCUGCAAUCGGCAGCUGUACGCGCCUCUGGUUUCAGCAUCGUGCCCCUCGGGGCAUUGGCACCUGCCGUCAAGGUCCUCUACGUCGUCAUGAUGUACAUCUCUGUUUACCCCAUCGCUUUAUCCGUUCGAGCGACAAAUGUGUACGAGGAAAAGAGUCUGGGACUUUUCGACGAAGAAGUGGAAGACGAUGAUGUUUCGGAAGAAGGCGAGGGUGCGCAGGCUGUGGCUAAAUAUAUUGGGUGGCACGCUAGGCGGCAGUUGGCGUUUGAUAUCUGGUGGCUUGGUUUUGCUCUCUGGCUAGUCUGCAUCAUUGAGCGCGGACAUAUCGAUAAUGACCAGGAAUGGUUCAAUAUCUUCAACAUCAUUUUCGAGCUUGUCAGCGCUUAUGGAACUGUUGGCUUGACAGUCGGGCUUCCAUAUGACAACUUUUCUUUCAGCGGUAGUUUCAGAAAACUCUCCAAGCUUGUCAUUAUUGCCGUCAUGUUGCGAGGAAGACAUCGUGGGCUGCCCGUCGCUAUCGAUCGAGCUGUUAUGUUGCCCAAAGACUUUACGGCUGAGGAAGAAGCAGCCUUUGAAGAAGAACGCUCUCGUCGCAUGUCCCGCUCUCGUCGAGGCAGUAGUUUCUACCAAGAAGAACCUUUCGCUCCUCGAUCCCGCCCCGAAUCAUUCGGUGGCACCGGUGCUUACCAAGAGGUCAAUUUCACCCCCGGACCCGUCACUGCCAUCCCCAUUCCCCAUCAUCAUCAACACCAUGUCAUCCACUCAGAACAAAAAGCUGAACAGAUAGGCAGCGGUCCUGGUGGGGUGCACAAGUUUGGGCAUUUCCGAUCCAAUUCCACUGGGAGCAACUCCCACGGGCCGGAAAGUCCUACCUUUCAGCCGAGGGAGAGUGAGGACAGAUGGCCACAUAACGGGAACAGGGCAUUGACCCCUGUGAGGGAGGGUCAUAUGAGUAGCGCUCAGAGCUACCCCCCGGUGUACACCACAGACAGUGCCCUCGAGGUUUGA